AUCUGAUUGGCCUGGCACCUCCUGAAAAUGCAGGCGGCCCUCUCUCCUCGCUCUGCUCUGCUCAGCUCAGCUCGGCUCCCCCUCCACUCCCCACUUCCCACUUCACUUCUUCCAUUCUCCACUCCCUGCUCUCCACCCUUUGCUUCACUCCUCUCCACAUUCCCUGCUUGGCUCCUCAUUCUGCUCUCAGCUCAGCUCCCCACUCUGCUCUCCACUCCCGGCUUCACUCCUUUCUCCACUCUCUGCUCCACACCUUGCUUCACUCUCCGCUCAGCUCAGCUCCCCACACCACUCCCUCCUUCCGACUCCUCAUUCCAUUCUCCCCUCAGCUCAUCUUCCAUUCCCCGCUUCACUCCUCUCUUCACUCUCCCCUCAGCUCAUUUUUCCAUUCCCGGCUUCACUCCUCACUCCCCUCUCCACUCGUCUUAGCUCCUUCAUUCCUCCGCUCAACCCUCCUACUCCCCACUCCCUGCUUCACUCCUGUCUCCUCUCAGCUCAGCCCCCCCCCCCCCCCCCGCCCAACUCCUGGCUUCCCUAAGGGCUUCGCUCCCGGCUCGGCUCCCCGACCCUCUCCCUCUGGCCAGCCUAGCGGGGAACCUCCAUCUGCGACUGCGAUGGACCUUCAGCUCUACCUGAACCUGCUGUCCCAGCCCUGCCGCGCCGUCUACAUCUUCGCCAAGACAAACCGCAUCCCCUUCGAGUUGAAAAUGUUGGAUAUCAUAUCCGGGCAGCACCUAAGCGAGGAGUUUGGCCAAGUGAAUUCUCUGAAGAGGCUGCCUGCCCUGAAGGAGGGAGACUUCACCCUGGUAGAAAGCGUGGCCAUCCUGCUCUACCUGAGCCGCAAGUACGGCACGGCGGACCACUGGUACCCGGCGGACCUGCAGGCCCGCGCCCGCGUAGACGAGUACCUGUCUUGGCACUCCGACUCCAUCCGUGGCACCUUCGGGACCCUGCUGUGGAUUCGGGUGCUGGCCCCGCUCAUUGGCAUCCACCUCCCCAAGGAAGUUGAGAACAGGAAACUUCCAAGCAGGCCCAGCGCCCUGCAGCAGCUGGAGGAGAAGUUCCUCCACCGGCCCUUCAUUGCCGGGGACCACAUCUCCCUGGCUGACCUGAUGGCCAUCGUCGAGCUCAUGCAGCCUGCGGGUGUCGGCCACGAUGUGUUCGAGGGCCGGGCCAAGCUGGCGGCGUGGCGUGGCCGGGUGGAAGCAGCUGUGGGCCGGGAGCUGUUCCGGGAGGCCCACGCGAACAUCCUGCAGGCCGAGGCUCUGCGCGGCCGCCAGGUGCCCCCGGCCAUGCGGGACAGGAUGCUCACGCGAAUCCGCAAGAUCGUCUAG